AUGGCGUCGGUUCAACCCAACUCAGAAAUGCCUGGGCAGGCACCGCUCGCCGCCAACAUCACGCGAGAGCAGAUCCAACAUGUCUUCCAGCGCUACACCGCGAUGAAGCAGCAAGGCGUACCCGAGACCAACCCCGAGUUCAUCAAGGCGCGCAAUCUUCUCACCAUGGUGCAGAAGCAGAACCAGUUCCAGCAACAGCAGAAGAUGCUACGGCAACAGCAGCUGCAGCGCCAGCAGGGUCAGAUGGAUCCUCAAGCUGCUCAGCAAAAUGGCGCCAGCAUGGCUAUGUCCAACGGCACCAAGCCUGCUGCUGCUAGUGAUGGCAAGGUCGCUACGCCUGCGCCUGCUUCUAGUGGUCCUUCAUCUACCAUGCAAAUUGCGACUGCUGGUGGGCAAGCUCCUCCUUCCGAUGGACAGACUCCCACAUCGGCCACCAGUGGUUCGAUGGCGCUGUCCAAGGACCAGCUGCUUAUGCUACGUGCUCAAAUUGGAGCUUUCAAACAUCUCUCCAAGGGUCUGCCAUUGCCAACCAACAUGCAACAGCAGAUCUUCGGUCAUCAUCAAGCCAAAAAGCCCCAGAAUGCCGCCGAGGCUGUAGCUGCGGCUUCCCAGAUGCUCGAUAAUGCCACCCGCGCAGGCAGCACCCCGGGCGCAACUGGCGGCGCAGUACAGGAAACUCGAACUCUACCUCGCCUUCCAGACACGUUCAUCGAUCCCUGGAGUAGCGAAGCUUUCCGCGAUGUAAACUACAUCUCUCACACUCAGCGCAAAAACCGACCAUACCUCGCGACUAUCAUGCCCCAGGGUGUGGACAUUGAUGCGGUUCAGGAGAGCAUGGCGGAAAUGCGCAAGGAGCGCGAAAUCCUACUUUACAACCGACUCACGGCGAGAAAGGCCGAGUUGGAGAAGGUUCACGCGAACAUCGGUUCCUGGGAUACCAGCAAGACCGAUACGCCUGAAGACGAUGGAAAGGUCAAAUUGGCUCUGGUCAUCGAGCAGAAGAAGCUCAACCUACUGGAGAAGCAGCGCAAGCUGCGGAGAGAGAUUGCCCAGCAAAUGAUCCAUGCUGACAACCUUGCCAUGACAGCGAACCGAACAGUAUACCGACGCCUUAAGAAGCAAUCGAUGCGCGAAGCCCGUCUUACCGAGAAGCUAGAGAAGCAGCAACGCGAUGCACGCGAGACCAAGGAGAAGAAGAAGCAUCACGAGUUUAUCGAUGCUAUCCGCAAGCACCGCACAGAGUUGCAGGAAGCUGGCGCCGCUCAGCGCAUGCGUCUGCAGAAGCUCGGCCGUACCAUGAUCACAACACACCAGAACAUCGAGAAGGAAGAGCAAAAGCGUAUCGAGCGCACCGCCAAGCAGCGUCUGCAGGCUCUCAAGUCCAACGACGAAGAGACCUACCUCAAGCUUUUGGGCCAAGCCAAGGAUACUCGUAUUUCGCACUUGCUCAAGCAGACCGAUGGUUUCUUGAAGCAACUCGCCGACUCCGUCAAGGCACAGCAACGGUCUGCAAACAACUCAUACGAGCCGGAGGAGCCGGAAGAGGAGAGCGAUGCCGAAUCUGGCGAUGAAGACCGCCCAGGCAAGAAGAAGACCGACUACUACGAGAUUGCUCAUCGUGUCAAGGAAGAGGUUACACAACAGGCUACCAACUUGGUUGGAGGUACCUUGAAGGAGUACCAGCUGAAGGGUCUGCAGUGGAUGAUAUCCCUGUACAACAACAAUCUGAACGGUAUCCUUGCAGACGAAAUGGGUCUCGGAAAGACUAUUCAGACCAUCAGUUUGAUUACCUAUCUCAUCGAGAAGAAGCGACAACCAGGACCUUACUUGGUUAUUGUGCCGCUUAGUACGCUUACCAACUGGACGAACGAGUUUGAGAAGUGGGCACCCAGUGUCACCAAGAUUGUUUACAAGGGUCCUCCAAACUCACGUAAACAAUAUCAGCAGCAGAUUCGUUGGGGCCAAUUUCAGGUUUUGCUCACAACCUACGAGUUUAUCAUCAAGGACAGGCCAGUUCUCAGCAAGAUCAAGUGGGUACACAUGAUUGUUGAUGAGGGUCACCGUAUGAAGAACGCCGGUUCAAAGCUCAGCAUGACCAUCACACAGUACUACACGACGCGUUAUCGUCUCAUUCUUACUGGUACCCCGCUGCAGAAUAACCUUACGGAAUUGUGGGCUAUGCUGAACUUCGUCCUUCCUACCAUCUUCAAGUCGGCUACUUCCUUCGACGAGUGGUUCAACACUCCUUUUGCGAAUACUGGAGGUCAAGACAAGAUGGAGCUUACUGAAGAAGAGCAGUUGCUCGUCAUUCGUCGUCUUCAUAAGGUUCUCAGGCCUUUCUUGCUCCGUCGUCUCAAGCGUGAUGUCGAGAAGGAUCUUCCCGACAAGACCGAGCGUGUGAUCAAGUGCAACUUCUCGACGCUCCAAGCGAAGCUGUACAAGCAACUUGUCACACACAACCGACUCAUGGUCAGCGACGGCAAGGGCGGAAAGACUGGUAUGCGCGGAUUGAGCAAUAUGCUGAUGCAGUUGCGUAAGCUGUGCAAUCAUCCAUUCGUAUUCGAAGAGGUUGAAGACGUCAUGAACCCAACCAAGGGUACAAACGAUCUUCUGUGGCGUGCAGCCGGCAAGUUUGAACUGCUUGACCGAAUUCUGCCCAAGUUCCAAGCCACAGGUCAUCGUGUCCUCAUGUUCUUCCAGAUGACACAGAUUAUGAACAUCAUGGAGGACUACUUGCGGUUGCGAGGUAUGAUGUACCUGCGUCUGGACGGAGCGACUAAAGCAGAUGAUCGAUCUGAUCUGCUGAGGCUGUUUAACGCUCCCGACUCACCGUACUUCUGCUUCCUGCUAUCCACGCGUGCCGGUGGUCUUGGACUGAACCUUCAAACUGCCGAUACCGUUAUCAUCUACGAUUCUGAUUGGAAUCCUCACCAGGAUUUGCAAGCCCAGGAUCGUGCCCAUCGUAUCGGUCAGAAGAACGAGGUCCGCAUUCUGCGUCUUAUUACCUCCAACUCUGUUGAGGAGAAGAUUCUUGAGCGAGCCAACUACAAGCUGGACAUGGAUGGCAAGGUUAUUCAAGCUGGUAAAUUCGACAACAAGUCCAAGGACGACGAGCGAGACGCCAUGUUGCGAAUCAUGUUGGAGUCUGCUGAAGCCGCAGAAAGCCUUGAACAGGAAGAGAUGGAUGAUGAUGAUCUGAACCAGAUUAUGAUGCGACACGAUCACGAGUUGGCAACUUUCCAAGAGAUGGACAGAAAGCGCUUGGCGGAAGAUCCAUAUGGUCCCGGCAAACCGCUUGGUCGCUUGAUCGGCGAGAGUGAGUUGCCAGACAUUUACCUGAACGAGGAGGCUCCCAUCGUCGAUGAGAAGGAUGACACACCUGCUGGUCGUGGUGCUCGAGAGCGUACCCGCGUCAAGUAUGAUGAUGGUCUUACCGAGGAGCAGUGGUUGGAGGCUGUCGACAACGAUGAAGAUACUAUUGAAGCUGCUAUCGCCCGCAAAGAAGCUAAGGUCGCCAAGCGAGGUAGGAAUAAGACUGGAAGGGCAGGUGAAGAGGAUUCGCCAGUUCCAUCACGCGCCAGCUCAGAGGAACCUAUGCCGAAGAAGCGAGGCCGCAAACCCAAGGCUGAGAAGCGCAAAGCCGACGAAGCCUCUCUCGAUGCUGACCUUGCACCUCGCAAGCGUGGCCGGCCCGCUCCAGCCAAGGACAUGCUACACCCUGACCAGAGAGCGUCGCUUCAGAAGGUUGUUAAUGUUGUCUACGAAGCUCUCAACGACCUGGAGGAAGAGUCGCAAGAUCCCAACAUCCCCAAUCGCGGUAUCAUCGACCCAUUUAUUGAGCUUCCAGACAAGUGGGAUUACCCAGAUUACUACCAGCUGAUCAAGAAUCCCAUCUGCAUGAAGCAGAUUGAGAAGAAGAUCAACAAGAAGGAGUACCAGUCUGUGAAGCAGUUCCGUCAAGAUCUAGGCUUGCUGUGUAACAACUGCCGCACAUACAAUGAGGAUACGUCACUGCUCUUCCAAGAUGCCAACCUGAUAGAGCAGACUGCACUCGACAAGCUUCGGGAAGCGACGGCAGAGUUUCCAGAGUGGCAAGAUUACGACGAUGGUGGUAGUGUCACUGGUGGUGGUAUGAGCACCAUGACGAGUGCGGUUGGCACACCACGGGCUGGUGUCUGA